UCAUUUUGAAGUAAAACCUCUACACUACAAGAUCCAGGUCACAAAAGUCUUGUACACAAAUGUCAUGAAUGUGUUUUGUGGUCUGAUUUCAGUGACUUAUUUUUUUGUUGUUUUCAAUAAUCACGCAUAACUGUUUUUUUCUCCAAUAUAACGACUUGUACAUACAUGCUGCUCAUAUAUUAUUGUAGCCCAGUUACAAUGUUAUCAGACUUUAUACAUUUAUAUGUUUAUAAGUAACUGAAAAAUACACAAAUGUCAGGACAUGUCAGAAUCUCUUCAGGGCUCCAAAUCACCUUCAGACUCCUAAAGGUUAAUAAACUUACAGUUUCCAGGCCUGUGCUGUUCACUAGCUCACCUGUACCAUUCUAUCGGCUGGUGCUGCUGCCCAACGGGGGCUUGUUUCGUUGACAUCCUGUACACUGAUUGCUAUGUCCUCAUGUGUGAGGGAGCCGAUUCUUAAUCACCUGGGCCUUCAAUGCCUUGUCGAAAGUCCAGUCUGGCUCUGCUAACAGCUGCCUCUGUACGGUCGUCUCCAAUUCCACACACCAGCCCUACACCUAUCCCAUAGCAUCUAUCCACACACCAGCCUAUCCCAUAGUAUUUCUGAUAAUUUAUCUCCAUAGUUUCAAUCUUGUGGCAGUUUCCUCAAAACAGCUACAUACUCCAUAACAGUUUCUCCAUGCUUCCUGAUUCUCAAUUUGAAUUUGAAGCGCUGCACAAUUUCGCUGGGUUUCGGAUUGAAGUGAUGUUUUAACAGCCUAACCAGCUUGUCACCUGGUUUAUCGGGGCUGCCUUGGUUCCUCAUUAGGCUACAUGUCUGACUGCUGAAUGAAUUGAGUAGAAUGGCUUUCUGGUGACUUGCAUCUGUAAUCUCAUUAGCAUCAAAAAAGUGGUGAAGGACCUCACAAUAUUCCUCCCAAUUUUGAGCUUGGCUAUCAAAGGGAGCAGUGCCGGCACACAUGGCUGCCACCGCCAUUAUCUCUUGUCACACACCAUACGAUAAUCACGCUUAACAGCAACUCACAUGGCCAUCUGUACUCCAGUGAGACCUCCGACUUGCAACUUCAUAGGGGCAGUUGGGUACAAGCAGAGCACUCUUUAUGGUCUCUCAGUUUAACUCGGAACACCUGAACUACAUCCUUCACCGGGAAUAAUCCUUGCUCUCGCGCGCAAGAUUUCUAUCAUGAAAUCGUCUUGGUCGUCUCCGCUUAAAACUCUAACUCAACAUCUACAAAAGCAACAUUGCCACUUAGUGGACAAGAUGUAACUGUGGAAAUAUUGUAAGUUUUAACAUGGUCCUUCCCUGAUUUGAUCCCCAUAGUUACAACAUCCCAUUGUCUGAUUUGUCACCUGGUCACCCAACACAGAAGUAGUCAGUAUUUAUGGUAACAUGGUGAAUAUGGAGGAGCUGUUUUCACUAGUUUUCCCUGUUGCUGACAUGGAAAUGCUACAUCAUUCACUACCGUUCAAAGGUUUGCGGUUACUUAUAAAUUUCCUUGCUUUUGUCCAUUAAAAUAAAUCAGAAAUACAGGGUAGACAUUGGAAAUGUUGCAAAUGACUAUCAUAGCUGGAAAUGGCUGUUUUUUAAUGGAAUAUCUACAUAUGUAUACAGAGGCCCAUUGUCAGUAACAAUUAGUCCUGUGUUCCAGUGGAAUGUUGUGUUUGCUAAUGUAAGUCUAUCAUUUUUAAAGGUUAAUUGAUCAUUAUAAAUCCCUUUUGUAAUUAUGUUAGCACAGUUGGAAAUUGAAAUGCUGAUUAAAGAAGCAGUAAAACUGUCCUUUGGACUAGUUGAGUAUCUGGAGUAUCAGCAAUUGUGGGUUUGUUUACAAGCUCAAAAUGGUCAGAGACAAAUAACUUUCUUCUGAAACUCAGUCUAUUCUUGUUCUGAGCAACGAAGGCUAGUCCAUGUAAGAAAUUUCCAGGAAACUGAAGAUCACAUACAAUGCUGUGUACUACUUCCUUCACAGAGCAGCACAAAUGGGCUCUAACCACAACAGAAAGAGGAGAGGGAGGCCCUGGUGCACAACUGAGCGAGUCAUAGGUCUUCAACUGGUAGCUUCGUUAAAUAGUACCUGCAAAAGACCAGUCUCAAUAUCUUCAGUGAAGAGGCUGGCCCUCUAUGCAGAAUUGCAAAGAAAAAGCCGUAUCUCAGAAUGGCCAAGAAAAAGCCGUAUCUCAGAAUGGCCAAGAAAAAGAAAAGACUGAGAUGGGCAAAUAAAUACAGACAUCGGACAGAGGAAGAUUGGAAAAAAGUUCUAUGGAUAGACAAAUCUUCAGGUGUUCGGAUCACAAAAAACAAUGUUUGUGAGAGACAGAUCAAAUGAAAAGAUGGUGGAGGAGUGCUUGACGACAACUAUCAAGCAUGGUGUAGGCAAUGUGAUGAUCCAGAGCUGCUUUGGUGAUGGUGAAGUGGGAGAUAUGUAGGGAUCUAGAAGAAGAAAGGCUGUCACUCCAUUUUGCAAUAACAUGCCAUACCCCGUGGAUGGCACUUGAUUGGAGCCAAUUUCAUCCUACAACAGCACAAUGACCCAAACACAGUUUCAAGCUAUGCAAGGACUAUUUAUGAAAGAAGCAGUCAGCUGGUAUUCUGUGUAUAAUGGAGUGGCCAGCACAGUCACCGGACUUCGACUCUAUUGAGCUGUUAUGGGAGCAGAUUGACCAAAUGGUAUAAGAAGUGCCCAUCAAGCCAAUCCAACCUGUGGGAGAUGAUUCAGGAAACAUGGGGUGAAAUCUCAUCAGAUUGCCUAAAGAAAAUGAGAAAAUCUAAAAUUCCCAAGGUAUAUAAGGCUGUAAUUUCUGCAAAUGGAGUUUGAAGAUCAAACUAUUUUAAUUUCAAUAUGAUGUCAAUGACUAUUUUAUAUUUAUAAAGCUAUAUCUCCUAUUUAAGGUAAUUUUGUGUAUGUUUUCAUGGAGAAAAAUGGAAGUUUCUAAGUGACUCCAAACUUUUGAACAGUAAUGUAUAUGUUUUUGGCGGGAUUGGCACUCCAGUCACCGUAAAACAACUCACAACAGCUCAGAAUAAACAGACAUGAUACCUUCUGCUCUCUGCGGGAGUAUCUCUGCUGCAGCUACCCACAGGAAGUGCCCAUUUUGUGGAUUCUGACCACAUACUUGUUGUUGCUACUCUGAAGAUUAAGCUUAGAUCCAGUAGGGUACCACCUACUAGGAAAAUGAGGCUGAACCUGGCUCCAAGAUCAAGCUGUUUCUGAUGAGCUUGCAUGCAGUUUGUGUGGAAAAACUUGCAGACUUGGGUGUGACUGCUGUCUAAUGUGAUGUGGGAGACCUUCCAUGAUGAGACCUUGAAGGUUGCCAAAGGUUGUGUUGGUGUUGCCAAUGUUCCCAGAAGGAGGUGCUUCGUCGCGCACACAACAUGGUGGUAACAGUUUGUACUGGAAACUUAGGAGGACGGCUGUGAGGGUUCAGAGGGCAGAUAAAGAGGCGUUUGUUAGAUGAAUCUGUCAGCAGGUGACACAUCAUCUGUGGUCUAGUGACCCACAUCCUGCUUACAGAGGAAUCGAAGCAUUACGCAAAUUUGAAUUUGUUCCUUGGAGACUUGCAGUCAGGCUGGGUGAUGGAACGGUCCUUACGGAUGACACUGCAGUUGAGACCCACUGGGCCAGCUACUUUGAGCAGUUGUUUAAAGCAGACCCACCAGCAAUGGCGUUAGACAUCUCUGGUCCACUGUUCUAAAGGCUGAUCUUCUAAUCAGCUGUGAACCACACAAUCUCACUGAGGUUGCACGGGUGGUGAAUCAGCUGGGGGUAGGGAAGGCCAUAAGAAUCUAUGGUAUCCAGGGUGAACUUCUCCAGGCUGGUGAUAAGGCUGUCCUUGCAUUGCAGGCAAUCUUUGACAUCAUCCCAACUGACUGGAAAACGGAAAUUGUAGUCCCUAUCAGAAAGGGAAAGGGUAAUUGCCUGGAUUGCGGCAACUACAGGAGGAUAACACUACUUUCAGUGCCGGUUUGAGAGCCUCCCAGAUGUGCUGGGGAGGCUGGAGGGCCAGCUGGUACAGGCUCAGGUGGAGAAGCUAGAGGUGGAUGUGGAGGAACUGAAGAGAUGGAAGGCGGCCGUGGUGGAGAAGCGGGAAGGGCUGCAGGUGGACUUGGUGGAGCUAAUGCGGGCCGUGCGGCACAUGGAGGAACGCACAGCCGCCGUGGCCAAGGAUGCUGCAGCCCAGGUCUCAUCAGCGCGGACAGACAUGAGGCGGAUGUCGGGCCUGGGUGCGGAGACGGAAGCCCUGCUGGCACGCAUGGCAGUGCUGGAAGGGAGGGUCGCGCGGGCAGAGACGGCCAUGGCCAAGCGGAUCGGUGACCUGCUGGCGGGAAGCAUCGAGCGGGUGUCGGCCCUGAGGGGCCUAUCAGAGCGCAACAGCCAGGCAGCAGAGAAACUAUGGCAGGGCGCAGCCAAGCUAGAGGCGGCAGAUGGUGAGCUAGCAGGCCGCCUCUUGGCCCUAGAGAAUGGCCGUGCCCGGCUGCUCAAGACAGUGACCUUUGCCUCUGACGUGAAGCCCAAGGUGGCCACCAUCCGCCGGGAGCUGGCCAUGCUGGAGCCGCUACUGAGCGACCUGAUCCUGCGCGUUGGACACCUGGCCCAGGAUCUGGGGCACAGGGAGGGGGACAUCGCCCUGCUGUGGGAUGCCCUUACGAGUCUGAGUGCCUCAGAGCAGUUGCUUGCCCAGGUGCCCAGCUAAAGCCACAAAAUCCCCGCCAGAUACCUGUCCGGCUACGUACCCAUGGAGAGACGUCAAAUGAUGGCUGCAGGAAGGGGAAUCUCCUCAGACUGCAACCUUCAAUGACAUCAAAUGCUAUUGUCAAGGACUCAAAUUGAAGUCCGCGUACCAUAAAAAUUCUCGUAUCCAGCAAUGUGGACCGAGGCACUUCCAAAAAGUUGAAUGCUACUUUAGAAAUGUUAGAUGAAGUCGGGUAUUUGAUAUAACUUAAGAUAAUGUGAGGAAACAAUUGCAGAACAAGUGGAAAGACUACUAAAGUGUGCCAUUCCAUGCACAGGAACUAACAUGUGUUACUCAAUGCCUUUCUUUGUUAUUUUUUGUUAUUUUCUAAGUAUUUAAUAGAAUAGUAUACCUUAUUUCUUUUUUUUAAUGAUAUUUUGGAAUUCUGUGAUGGGUUGGCACCCCAUCCUGGCUUAUGUCCUGCCUUGGGUCCCUAGCUUGCCGGAUAGGAAAAUGGAUGGAUAUUUUAUUAAUUGUGCUGGUUACACUAAAAGGUCUUGUAUCUGUAUUUGAGUAUCUUCAUUGAGAAAUUCUAAUGUACUGAUAUACUUUUCAAUCAGUUGUCUUUCUCUUUGUUUAAAGAGCCUGUUUUUUUCUUUAUUUAUAGGAAUAUAAGCCUCUGUGGUGUUUAUUUAGGUAGGGGGUGCUUUGCAUUUACUUUUCAUAUUUUCCACUGAACAUAACAGAUGAGAAAACAGGAAAUGGAGCAUGUUACCAUAGAAGCAUUGUUAGUCUUUUUCAGAUGAGUCUGCUAUUUCUUACAGAAGUUAUUCUUAACACUAUGCUUUUUGAACAUGGGAUUGGUUUUUAAAGUCUAAUGCACAGUAAUUUUUAAUUCACGAUACAGAUGCAAGAGUUAUUGAAUCCACCUGUUUAUGAUAAAUAAUGCUACAAAUACUAACUAGUGUAAAAUAAAGUACAAAGUUAAUAUGA